CUCUCGUGCCGCCCUUAGCUGGCUUCCUCCCUCUCUCAUCCUCAUCGCAGCGACUUGUCCUCGUCGCCAUCGUCAAUGGCUCAGACUUUGACCUCUACUCCUUCUUGACGACCGUCUUGGACCAUCAACAUAGAUCUCUGGUCCUGCCAGCCGCGGCAGCUACCAGCUGCAGCCCCUUUGUCUUUGCCUGCUUCCGUCGUCGUCGUCGCCGCUGCCUGCCGCCACAUCGAUCAUGUCGGGCAACACAUCGAACGACCCCUUCGAGAUCGUAGACGAUCCAACUGAGCUCAUCCGUGCUCGCAACAAUGGCGAGGGCUCGUCGUCAUCGUCUCACAGGAGCGUCAUCUUGCCAGGCGAUGCAGGGCCCUCAAACGGCAGAUCGUCUGACUCAGCAUCAGAGCAAGUAGCAGCACAACGACCAUCAAACAAGCACCGCGCCCUCCCUGCCGGCUUCUCAUCCUCAUCCUCAUCGAACAGCGCUAUACCCAGCAAGCAACCCUUGCAGUCUUCUAGCCGCCCCUCAGCAUCUUCGUCGUCUUCGUCGCGCAUCUGGAUCCCGCCGCCGCGCCCUUGGGAGCGCGAGAUGAAGGAGAAGGCCGCGGCCGCCGUCAACGCCAUGAGCACCAAUGGGGAUACUCGAGGAGGCUUCGUUCUGCCCACCAUCGGAGGGAGUGGCGCUCGCGUCCCGACCGAGAUGCUCGACUCCAAAGGCGAAUUUAGACCGCCUCCUAAGCCCGCAAUCGACCUCACCGCAGACGACAGCGAUGGUGAUGAGCCUGAGCUCGUCAAGAUCAAGAAUGGCGACAUUGUAGCGGACGAGGUCAAGAACAAUGGCUCAGUCUGUCUGGGCGUCAUUGAAGCUACCGUCUUCUGCAUGUAUGGCGUGCCUGAGCCAAUUGCCGUCGAUGGGCCAGCUGCAAUGGACCCUUCGCAGGACAGAGACCCGCUCUGGCAGAGGUCCAAUUGGCCAGAAGCUAGCAGAUUCAUCACGCACCCAGGGUAUCGUCCCAUUUAUGCCAGGCUCAGCCAGCCUCUCCGCCCCAACUUCGGAUCUACCUCGGCCAACUGGAGCUCGGGAGGAAGCUACGCAGCUAGACAGAACGCAGACCCCAACCCGGAGAUCACCGUCUCUCCCAUUCUCUCUCCCCUUGCGUUUCAGCGAGAGCAGGGAAGGCAAGGUAUUCCCAUUCACGAGCGUAACGCUGUGCCACACGUCAAGGAGUCAUUUGGCAUCCUCUCUGGCAAAUACGCCAAUGCACUGGCUCCCCUAAUCAAAGCAUCCCUCGUCACAUUCGAAGCGCGCUGUCGCAUCAGGUCGCGGGCAUCUGCAGGCGGGUAUGCCCACUCAUGCGACAUUCUUGUCUUCUGCGCUCGGCCCAAGGCAAGCUACGUCGUCGAGUCGCUUGCUCAGGCUGGAAUCAGCUUCGUCCAGCCUCAGCCGGGCCACUACUCGCCGUACGACUACAAUGGCGAGCCUCCCCUCGUCAAGCCGAACAAUGGCUACCUGCCACAGCCUGCACAGACUGCGGGUCCGAGUAGGGGUAACUUUGCGCCGGCGAUGUUCUACGGCGGUGGUGAUGGAGGGGUGCCGCGGUAUGUGCAGUCGAAGGAGAUGACUGAGGAGGAGAGACGCAAACAGAUCGAGACGGUGUACGAUCAACUCACUGCGGGCGAAGAUUUACCCUUGACCGACCCCAGUAGUCUUGUCGUCACGCCGCUCUUCCCCCACCAGAAGCAAGGUUUGACUUUCCUCCUGGACCGCGAGAGGGAGCGCAGCUUCGAGGAGGCAGGCGAUGCGCGAGAAGCUGGCUCGUCAAGAACGAAAAGGAUCGAUCUGACCGCGGAGACGGGUGACCUCACCAAGGACACCGUCGGCCUCUGGAAGGUCGUGCGGUCUCAAGUCGACGGCAGCAUCCGCGCCUAUCGCAACGUGCUCACGCAGCAAGAGCAGGAGAAGGAGCCAGGCAUCUGUCGAGGAGCUAUCCUGGCAGACGACAUGGGACUGGGCAAGACGAUCACUGUCAUUUCUGUCAUUGCAAGCACCAUGACGGAGGCCAAGGCAUUUGGGCGCGGCAGACCCAAUGCUGCGCCCGGAGACGUCGGCGCGAUGGACGAGGAUUCCGACACGGACGAUGAGGACGACGGCGGGUUCGCGAGCAUGGCUGCCGGCCUGCAAGGCGCUGGUGCGAACAAGAAGGCGAAAGUCGUCCUCCCGUCUUCGAAGAAACCAGGAAAGAAGGCGCAAGCCAAAGACGCCCUCGAGCGUGCACGCCGUGAUAAUCUAGUCGCCAAGUCUCGCGCUACCCUCAUCGUUGCGCCGCUCACCAUUGUCGCCAACUGGGAGGAGCAGAUCAAGGAGCACUGGGCAAAGAAGAGUAGGCCGAGCGUCUACAUCUACCAUGGUAGCAACAGGAGCAGCGACCCCAAGAUGAUUGCCAAUCACGAUGUCGUGCUCACGACGUACUCGACGCUGGCCUCUGAGUUCUCGAGGCAGAGCAUUUGGGUCGACACGACUGAGGGAGCUGCUAAAGGCGGGGACGACGAGGCUGCCGACGACGGCGAAGACGAUUUUGAGAUGUACGACGAUGAAGGGCGACCAAUUUCUAGCUCGAACUACAACGGCAACGGCACCGGCGCCUCGAAUGGCAAGGGCAAAGGCAAAAAGCGCAAGAAGGCCACGGGCGGCAAAGAGGCUCCGAAUCCCCUGCAACGCAUCGAGUGGUUCCGCAUCGUCCUGGACGAGGCUCACACGAUCAAGGAGGUACGCACAAUGCAAUGUCGCGCCGUCUGCAAUCUCAGCGCACAACGUCGCCUCUCUCUCACUGGCACGCCCGUCCAAAACAGGCUCGACGACCUCUAUGCCCAGAUCAAGUUCUUGCGCCUCGAGCCCUUCAGCGACCGAUUGAUCUGGAACGAGCACUGUGGUCAGCGGCAGAAGAAGAGCUCCCUGACUCAGCGGAGCAACGCAAACCAGAACAAUGAGCCACUGGAGCGCAUCGCGCUUGUCAAGGUGCAAACGAUGAUGAAGUUUCUCACUCUCCGCCGUACCAAGGAGACGCGGACCGCUUCGGGCAAAAAGCUACUCGAGCUGCCCGCUAAGAAUGUGAGGGUGGUCACCAUCGACUUUGAUGAGCGUGAGCGCACAAAGUACAAGGAGCUGCACGAGCGCUACAAGGAGGACUUCAAGGAGAUGGAAGCCACCAACUCCGUAGGCACGAAUUACGCGACUAUCCUGCAGGAGAUCAGCAACUUGCGCAUCUGCUGCGACGAUCCCAGCUUGGUGGACGCGAGCAAGGACAACAAGCGGCGGACUGAGGGUCGAUCGGGCUUUGUGGACGCGAUUCGCGAGGAUGGCAUGACGCGCGAACGUGCUGCGGGCUUGUUCGAGGUGUACAGCGAGAGUGAAGAGGCGCUUUGCUGGGAGUGUGGGGCCGAUAUCGCCCGCUUCGCCGAAGGCGACGAUACGGGCGUGAGGGGCGAGGCGGCCACCGAUGAAGCUGCAGGCAGCCGUCGCCCUGUGGUCACACGAUGCACCCACAUCAUCUGCUCGCGAUGCUUUGCGUCCAAGGUGCCGGCGUACAAGAAGCCAAAGGCCCUCACGGCUGAGGAUCGAGCAGACUGUCCGGCUUGCGAUACAUCCCUGGCUCUGUUGACGGACAUUGUGCAGCUAGACCCUGCAGAUCUGGCUGGGCCUGAGCCGGAUGCUCGUCACUCCAAGCGCGCUCGUGGCGGCGCCGAUGACUUUGACUGGGGCGACGAAGACGGCGACGACGAGGAGGACAGGAAGGGCAGCAAGCGCUCAGCCCACCACUUCGGCUGCGAUCGCCUCCUUCCCAUCGACUCGCGCAUCGGCCUCUCACACAAGACGCGCUGGCUUCUCUCGGACCUGCUCCCCUUCUCGCAGUGCAACAGACGCUCGAUGCUCUACGAUGCUGAUGCGCCUCAGAUCGAGCACCACACGCCCACUGAGCAGGAGAAGGACGCAAGGCCCGACCUCGAGUCUGUGGUGGCUGUACCUCGCCAGUCGACGAAGAGCGAAGAUGGUGCAGCGUACCGGCCGAUCAAGAGUGUGGUGUUCAGCCAGUGGACCUCAAUGUUGGACAGAGUGGAGCGGGCACUCUAUCGUGCAGGCAUCAAAACUGUCCGCCUAGACGGCACGAUGAAGCGUCCUGAGAGAGCCGCAGCGCUCGAACGCUUCAAAUCCGACGCCAGCGUCGAAGUCUUCCUCAUCUCACUUCGCGCCGGCGGUUUUGGUCUCAACCUCGUCUCGGCAUGCAGAGCUUACUGUCUCGAGCCUGCAUGGAACCCAGCACAAGAGCAGCAGGCGAUGGAUCGUGUACAUCGCUUGGGCCAGGUCGUACCUGUCAUCAGUACAAAGGUCGUGACGAGGGCGAGUAUAGAGGAGAGGAUGCUGGAGGUGCAGAAGCGCAAGGCUGAGCUGGCCAGUGCAGUUGCGGAGGGGAGGAAGGGGCAACAGAAGAGUCGGGCGGAGGAGAAGGCCGACAGGAGGAAGGAAUUGGCUACGCUUAUGGGGUAGAGCCUUGGGAGGAGGUGUACGGCAGCGUGCCUUGUUAUAUAUCCUUUGCGUUGUCCUUUGAGAUGUAUCAUCAGCAUCUGAUUCACUCGUUCGAAAGCGAAGCAGACCC